AUGGAAAACAACUUACUUGAGGGUCUCCUCGACCUGGAGGAAGUAUUUUACAGGGAAGGCUAUGAUUUGGGAGCUGCCGAUGGCGCGCAGGCUGGCUACACCGAAGGCAGUGUAUUUGCUGUCGAGAAGGGCUUUGAAAAAUUCCUCGAAAUAGGAAGGCUCUACGGUAAAGCCCUGGUUUGGUCACAAAGACAAGCCGAGCGAGACCCAUCCAACACUAGAGAUCCUUCCCAGAUGUCUCAGCUACCUAGUGAGAAGGAUGAAGAUUUUUUGGAGCCAUCUGUUUGCAGAGAGAUGUCGAGCGUUCCCCCCAGCUCUAGGCUAGCGAAGAAUGUCGACACACUUCUUGAAUUGGUUGACCCGGCGUCUUUGCCCAUGCAAAACAUAGAGGAAGCCGUUAUUGACGUGGAUGAGCGCCUGAAGGGCGCGCUAAUCAAGGCCAAACUUAUCCAGCGCGCACUGGGCGAACGAGACGAUGCUGGGGAUAUACACCCUGAUGCAAAAGACUUUCCCCAACAGAAAAGUUCUGGGGAUGGAACUGGCAGCAUUGAAGACAUCAGCUCCCUGAAGCUCCUCCUCGUGCAUCUCUCCGGCCAUGGCGUGGUUGCAGUUCCUGAGUCUUGUAUUAUCUGGGCUCACUCACGCCCAGACUGGAGUGACGUCCCCCAUUGCAGAGGCAUGCGGUCCUUCAGUAGUAUGCAUCAAUCGUUAUGCAAAUGUGUUGCCGUAAGUCUAUUGCAAGGUUUCAUCGAGCAGGGCUGGUUCUUAGGGUUGAUCAGAUAUCAUUUCUUUCGAAACGUCUCUACUAUGGAUGACGUAUCUACGUUUGGCGAUACCACAGUUGCCAAUGGUACUUUGCUGAAGGGUGUCAGCUCGGCCAAUUUUCUGGUAUAUGAUAAAGAAAGAGGUUUAGAGAUCCUGGGUGCCGAACCAAGUUAUAAGUUCAUGUUUGCCGUCUCUGAAGCUGUCCACGAGGCUCCUGUGUACGUCGCAUCGCAGAAUAAACUCUACCUGUCUCAGCUAGCCCCCCCUCCUGGCUACCUCCCCCAGCUCGUCGUGGAUCUGAAUGAAGACCCACCAACGUUGUCCGAGUAUCUCUCCGAUCCUCCUGUCUAUGCGCCUAACGGAGGUACAUUCCAUGAUGGCAAAAUCAUCUGGGGAGCAUCGGGCGGUAACCGAUCAAUCGGAGGCAGUGAACAGCGCAUCUCUUUGAGGACACUGGACCCGGAGACCAAUAAGUCGGUCACCCUGCUAAACAACUACUUCGGGUUUUAUUUCAAUACUAUCGACGACCUGGCGGUGCAUCCAAAGACAGGGGACAUUUGGUUCACGGAUCCACAGUAUUCGUGGUUCAAUGCCCUCACUGACACUCCGCCCCAGCUUCCAAGUGCUAGUUACAGGUACAAUGCCUCGUCGGGCGCCGUUUUCGUGGUUGAUGACUCUAUUGGCCAGCCAAAUGGUAUUGCUUUUAGCCCGGAAGGCUCAGUCGUCUAUAUCACCGACACUGCCGCCGUGAGCGCGCCUGUCGAUCCCCAAUAUGGCCAUCCUGGCAGUCUAUUCAAUGCCACCCAGCGCAGGACUGUUUAUGCCUUUGACGUAAGCGAAGAUGGUACCAGCGCUUAUAAUAAGCGACCUAUCUAUAUGGCCUCUGGAUUCGUCCCGGACGGCUUGAAGGUGGCAGCCAACGGAUACAUUGUGGCAGGCGUCGGACGAGGUGUUGAUGUACUUGACCCCUCUGGUCAACUUCUUUUAACUAUCCAGACAAACUAUACCGUUCAGAAUUUUGCCUGGACUGGCCCCGAACUCAAGACACUCUGGCUUAUGGGUAAUGGGGGGAUCAGUAAAGUUGAGUGGCAACUUGGAGGACAGGAGCUAAGGUGA